UUCGACCUUUUUCCCUCUUGUCCAUCUUCUGUCCGAUCGUCAUAUCUUGUCCCUCUUUCCCAGUUCGAUCAGUUUCAUUCCCUUCCGGUGCUAUAUCCUUUCUUCUGUACCCUUUCGUGCAAGAGAUCUAUCAGUACCCCGUCACUCCUUUGAACGGCUCUGAGCAACACCACCAUCGAUCGAUCUAUACAACCACUCUCUAUUACAACUCGAAACCCUUCGAUCCAACCAACCAACCUGACACUAUACGGACAACCACGCUUCCACCAUCGUCACUCCUUCAGGACCUGUUACCGAUCCUCGAUCGUCCGUGUCACAGUCCUACAACCCAUUGACGCCAUUAAUCUGACUCGACGAAACGUCUCUUGGAUGUUUCGAUUGAUCUAACACCACGAAAGAACGAACAUCUGCAGAAUCCCCACCUACCUCAUAAUGGAAUACUCUACGCAUGCAUCCCCUCCCAUGGGUCAAUCCCCAUUCUUUUAUUACCACCCAGAGUCCAGACCGGACAACAGGCAACACCACGGUCACUUUGCGCCGCACUAUCCUCAUCCGCAUGGUCUGCCCUUGAACGUUGUUCCAUCGAGUUCAGAGCACAUGAUGCAAUACCAGCAGUCUGCGUACCGUCAACAACAUGCAGGUCCGCAUCAUAUCUACCACCCGCAACCGCACCCACAGCAUUUCUACGCACCGCAGCCAAUGCUCACACCGGAUGCCUCACCACGUCAACAGCAAAAGCCCGCCAUGUACGUGCAGCAACAGGACAUGCAUCACCUCAUGCCCAUCGACACGGAAUGCCAGUACUACCCGGGCACACCGACGCUGUCCGCAUCUGGCUCUUUCAGCUCCGUUUCCACCCCACCCGCGAGCGCCGACAUCAUUCCCACGCCUGUCAACGGCGUCUUCUUCGGCAAGUCGAAUUCCGCGCAAUGGCCUGCCGUCAAGCAGGGCUGUGAAGAGGAGGUCUUUUCCGAGGUGCUGGCGGGAGGUGACUGGACUCGUCCAGGCUCGCCGCCCAUGACGCCAGUCUUCCUACACAACAACUCCAUCUCGGCGGCGAGUGACUGCUCGUUCGACCUCCUCAGCGGCCACAGCUCGAAUCAGGCAUCACCAUCGCCGUCGCCUGUGCCGCAGUGUGGUGAAUCCGAGCAAGAGGUCUGCGACCCGCGCAAUCUCACCGUCGGGAGUGAGUUUCAGAACAUGACAUCGCUGGAGGACAACCACAAGCCGCUGAUCAAAGGCGAGCCGCACAUCCACAUUGCCACACCGCACGAGUUGAUGAGCUACGGCGGUCUGCCCACGUUUGAGCCCAUUUUCGAGCUCGACGUGGAGGAUGACUUUUCGGGCAUGGUCGCUUACGGGGGUGCCGCUACCGAGAUCCACUUUAGCGGCGCCAAGCGCCAGCGUCUCGACCUUGGACUUACCCCUGGAUUUGUCGAGGACGACGGCUUCUUCAGCGAGGAAUCCUUCAGCGACGAAGACGAUCUGGUCGCUGCCGCCGGCGCAUACUCACCGCCCAUGUCGGAAUUCUCCAUGCCUGACGACUCCAAUGCCGCCGAUGUCAAGUCGUCCUCAUCCAAGCGCAAGCCCGCGAAAAAGACGGAGAUGUCAGCUGAGCCCAGCACACAACAAGGUUCCACUGCACCCGCGUCCACCGCCGCCAGCAAUAAUUCCGACGUCAACGAUGACUCUGCCACACCUGCGCAGUCCUCCAACGGUGUCUCCCGCCGAGGUCGCAAGCAGUCCCUUACGGAUGACCCCUCAAAGACCUUCGUCUGCACCCUGUGCAGCCGUCGCUUCCGCCGUCAGGAACACCUCAAACGCCACUACCGCUCUCUCCACACCCACGACAAGCCAUUCGAGUGCACCGACUGCGGCAAGAAGUUCUCCCGCUCCGACAACCUCUCCCAGCACCAGCGCACCCACGGCGCUGGCACCAUGGUCAUGGGCGUUCUCGGCGCCCCUGGCGAGAUGCCCCUGGGUCAACCUAUCGAGUCCGUUAAUGGCGGCGACGCUGGCGCGAUGAUCCGACCCAAGCAGGAGUCUCCCUAUCAGCAGCCACCGCAAUACGCUCAGCGCGUUUCACCCGAGACCGGUGAGCUCGGCGCCAUGCUCUUCGACGUCACCGCCCAGGUCGCCGGCUCAAGCUCAAGCAGUUCGAGCUACUCUGGCGAGAGCGAUUUCAGCCCCGUCUCCGACCGCAAGCCGGCGAAGAAGCGCAAGCGAGAGGAGUGAUGUCCUUAAUGCACCUGACAAACAUCAUCUUUGCUUUUACUUUGCUGACGCUUCUUUGCGAAUGGGAGGGAUCACGAUAUGGGGUGAAGGGUUUCACUGCCUGUGGAGUCAACUGUGCUUUUAUGGUCCUGGCAUGGGCCUUUACGUGUAACGCUGGAAAUCACAAAAUUCGGGGAUGGAGUUUUGCUAGAGUGGACGCUUUUGUCGCUCGACUACUUUUGUUUUGCUCUCGCUGAGCUCAUGGACAUACUUCUUCUUCUUCUUCGGCGGUUUUGUACUUGUGGAGGAAAACUUCUAUGUGAACAUUAUGCAGGGAAAUUGUACGAUACUCUGUUUCUUCAUCGCAUGCUGUUCUGUCUC